CAGCUGUCAAAUGUUCUUGCCCGGCGUGUUUGAUAAUACAAACCGCGUGUUCGCUACAAUUGAACGGAUCUUCUGCGAAUCUGGACAUAGUUUUGCUUGCUGUAAAGGAAUCACAAACCUUUCGUAAUCAUGGAAGUGGAUAUUCCGUCGUCGCCAAUCAAGAAGGAGAAGAAAAAGAAGAAAAUCAAGGAAGAACCGGACGCGGAGAUUGAAAAUUUGGGCGAGCUUCAGAAGUCUGGCGAUUUCCAGUUGAAACCUUCGUCCGCCAUCGCUACUUUAGACACGUCUAAAUGGCCCCUGUUGUUGAAAAACUUCGACCGCUUGAACGUGCGCACCAACCAUUACACGCCACUUCCGUUCGGUUCGUCCCCGUUGAACCGCAAGAUAAAUGACUAUGUAGCGGCCGGUUUUAUCAACCUGGACAAACCUUCUAAUCCUAGCUCGCACGAAGUAGUAGCAUGGAUCAAACGAAUACUGAAGGUAAACAAAACAGGCCAUUCGGGAACGCUGGAUCCGAAGGUAACGGGUUGCUUGAUCGUGUGCAUUAAUCGGGCCACACGUUUGGUGAAGAGCCAACAGAGUGCGGGUAAGGAAUAUGUGGCCGUCUUUAAGUUGCACUCCGCCGUGGAGAAGAUUGCUAAAGUAACGCAGGGGUUGGAGAAACUUCGUGGUGCCCUGUUCCAGCGUCCUCCGCUGAUUUCGGCCGUUAAGCGACAGUUGCGCGUGCGAACGGUGUAUGAUUCGAAGCUGCUGGAUUUCAACGACCAGCAUAAUAUUGGUGUAUUUUGGGUAAGUUGCGAAGCUGGUUCCUACAUUCGUACGAUGUGCGUCCACUUGGGUCUUGUGCUCGGUGUUGGCGGACAGAUGCUCGAACUUCGCCGCGUCCGUUCCGGCAUUCAGUCGGAAAAGGACGGCAUGGUGACGAUGCACGAUGUGCUCGAUGCACAGUAUCUGUACGAUAAUCACAAGGACGAGUCAAUGUUACGCCGUGUGAUUAAACCAUUGGAAGGUUUGCUCGUUGGCCACAAGCGCAUCAUCAUGAAAGACAGCUCGGUGAAUGCGGUGUGCUAUGGGGCGAAAAUUUUGCUACCCGGCGUAUUGCGCUACGAGGAUGGGAUCGAGAUCGAUCAAGAAAUCGCGAUCGUGACUACCAAGGGCGAAGCAAUUGCAUUAGGCAUUGCUCUAAUGACGACGGCCACCAUGGCUGGAUGCGAUCAUGGAGUCGUUGCAAAAAUUAAACGCGUCAUCAUGGAACGCGACACCUACCCACGCAAAUGGGGCCUUGGGCCUAAGGCUUCGAUGAAGAAGCAGUUGAUAGCUUCGGGAAAGCUGGAUAAGUACGGCAAACCGAAUGAAAACACACCGAAAGAUUGGCUCAACAACUACACCGAUUUUAACCAGUCCGCAAAGCAAACGAAUGGAAGUUCGGCAGCGGAUGAUUUAGCCGGCGGCAAACGCAAACUCAGCAUUGGUGAAUCCAACGCGGAAGAUUUAUCGGCUUCAGUGGUUGGCGAUGGAGAAGGGAAGAAAAAGAAAAAGAAGAAGCAUAGGAAAGAUGCUGAAGAUGCCACAGAAGGAGACGGAGGAGACGAACAGCCGAUGGACCAGACGGAAGGCGUUGAAGAUGGAAAGGAGAAAAAGAAAAAGAAAAAGAAAGACAAGAAUGUCUCCGCGGAAGAAGCGGCAGAGUAAUGAAUGGUCGGAUUACAUUGCACUAGAUGUAUAGACAGUAAGCAUUUGUAUCAAUGGAAAUAAUUGGUAAAUGAUUUUAUUCAAAGGAACAAUUUGUAUUUGUAUGACAAGAUUUUCGGCCUUUGUUUGUUCCAUUUUCCAUCCAUUACAAACAAACACAGAUGCAAGUUUUUAAAUGAUCCAACAGAGCUAUCGGUUUAUGGCAACUUCACGAAUCCGUUUGUUUGUGGACUUUGUCCAUCAGUAAUUAUUUGCUCUGGUACCAAGCAAAGAGGAAAGCAAGAAAAUGCAUUCAUCAUAGCGUUUCUUUCUUCUUCAAGUUGCAAAUAGACUUAAUAGACGGAAGAGAAGAGGGUCAUAUUCUUAGAAACGGAAUAUGUGUAAUUUUGUUUAUAGAAUUCUCUCACCUAAAUACAGCAAACAUGUUUAUCAAGAAUUAGUACUUUAAGCUUAAGGAAUAAAAAAAAUGAAAUCAAAGCUAA